AGGGCGUAAAAGUUAGCAAGUGAAGGUACCCCGGUGACGAGGCUAGUUUUGGUAGCGGGCUCCAAAAACAAGAAGGCCAGCCCAAUUGCUGAAAUCAGAUCAAAUCUGAAUCUCAAGAUUUCACUUCCGCCGCGGAACCGCCUCCCUCUCCAUAAACCCUAGAUUUAUAUAACCGUAUAUCUCUAUCUCAAUAGAUUCGAAGAGGCUUGAUGGAGUUCGGCCGGAAGAGAGGUGCUCAAGAUGCUGCUGCUUGGAACGGCUUUCCUAAGAGAUCCAAGUCUGAAAUGGACUCCAUUGGAACUGGUGUAGGAAGCAAAUCAAAGCCAUGCAUGAAGUUUUUCAGUACUUCUGGCUGCCAAUUUGGUGAAGGUUGCCACUUUCUACAUUAUGUUCCUGGUGGCUAUAGUGCAGUUGGUCAGAUGACAAAUCACGGAGGGCCAACUGCCAGGAACCCUGGUCUGCCAUCUUUUGCUGAUGCUCCUUCUCCAACUCUCAAAACUAAGAUCUGCACCAAGUACAACAGCCCAGAAGGUUGUAAGUUCGGUGAUAAAUGUCGUUUUGCCCAUAAGGAUGAGUUUGGGAGGCCUGGUUUUGAAGAUCGUCGAUCCUUUGGAUCAAUGCCCCAAUAUGGAAGGAGGGCCGAAGCACCCUCACCUGGGUUAGCUGCAGCAGCCAACUUUGGUAGCUCUGCGACAGCCAAGAUAAGCAUAGAUGCAUCACUUGCUGGGCCAAUUAUUGGAAAGGGCGGCGUGAACUCGAAACAAAUAUGCCGUGAGACUGGUGUCAAGCUUGCUAUAAGGGAUCAUGACACAGAUCCCAAUCAACGAAACAUUGAGCUUGAAGGAAACUUUGAACAAAUUAAGAUAGCUAGUGAUAUGGUGCAUGAGCUAAUUAUGAACCUUCGUGCUGCCACUGGAGGCCCUGCUAGAAACCCAAGGUCCAUGCCUAUGCAAGCACCUCCAGCGAACAAUUUUAAAACAAAAAUGUGUGAGAAUUUUGCGAAGGGGUCGUGUACUUUUGGUGACAGGUGUCAUUUUGCUCAUGGGCCCAAUGAACUGCGAAAGACAGCUCCUUGAACAUUCUGGAAGGACGAUGCCCUAGGUGUUUUCUUGGUAGUGUAUCAGUGAUGAUCAGGAGUUACUUUUACAGUUUUAUUUAGAUUAAUCUAUGUAGUAUGUUGUCAGGUUUUCUAAAUUAUGUUUUUUUAGUGGGAACCAACUGUUUGAAACUGAUUUGAGUGAUUGGUCACAAGUAUUUUGUUGAAAAUAA